CUUACCAUAAAUAGGGACCAUUAUUCCUUAAUCACUUUUAUUGGCCACAAUCUCAACCAAUCAUUCUACUUUUGCCACAGAAUUCAUUUUGAUGAAUGAUUGAUGCUUUGUAUUUGCAUUAAGUCUUCUUCUUUCCUAGUGCUUCUCGAUCUCAAGGGGAAACAUUAGAUUUAGCACCUCUUCUAAUGGAGGCAAGGUCCUAAUUUAUUGUAGCCCCUUGACCCCCCAUUCAUUUCAAUUUUUUCAUGGUUUAUCUAACCUUGAAUUUCUUGUAAGUCUUGAUCCCAAUUUUUGGGUUCUCAUAAAUCUAUAAGGGAAAGCAUAAAAUUGUGGAUAUGGAUCACAAGAAGGGGAACAUAUUGAUGCAACGGUACGAGCUAGGAAAAUUGCUUGGCCAGGGCACAUUUGCAAAGGUCUACCAUGCCCGAAACAUAAAAACUGGUAAAAGUGUCGCGGUGAAGGUGAUUGACAAAGAGAAGGUGAUGCAGAAUGGUUUGAUUGAUCAAAUCAAAAGAGAAAUCUCCGUGAUGAAGCUGGUUAGGCAUCCAAAUGUUGUUCAACUCUAUGAGGUUAUGGCUAGCAAGUCUAAGAUUUAUUUUGCCAUUGAACAUAUUAAAGGCGGGGAGCUUUUUAAUAAGAUUGCGAAAGGGAGAUUGAAAGAGGAAGCCGCAAGAAAAUAUUUCCAACAAUUAGUCGCGGCAGUCGAUUUCUGUCAUAGUCGGGGUGUCUACCAUCGCGAUCUCAAGCCAGAAAACCUCCUCCUUGACGAAUUUGGAAACCUUAAGAUUACAGAUUUUGGAUUAAGUGCUUUGGUUGAUUCUAAAAGGCUUGAUGGUCUUUUGCACACAACGUGUGGAACACCGGCUUAUGUUGCACCUGAGGUUAUUCACAAGAAAGGAUAUGAUGGCGAAAAGGCGGAUAUAUGGUCAUGUGGGGUGAUCUUGUUUGUUUUGCUUGCAGGCUAUCUUCCGUUUAGUGAUGCCAAUUUAAUGGGAAUGUACAAGAAAAUCAGUAAAGGGGAAUUCAAAUGCCCACAUUGGUUCCCUCCUGAGGUAAGGAAAUUGCUUUCAAGAAUUCUAGAUCCCAAUCCAACCACAAGGGUUACACUAGCAAAAAUCAUGGAAAAUCCUUGGUUUCAAAAGGGAUUCAGAAAGAUUGAGACCCACUAUAUACCAAGAAGUGUUCUUGAUGAUGAAAAUUUCUUCAAGUAUACAGAAAGUCCAAAAUCUAGUUGUGCUGAUCUCAAAGGACUCGAAGAGAGAGCAAUUAGAAAAAGUUCCUCUAUGAGUACUUUGAAGCCUACUAGCAUGAACGCAUUUGACAUCAUAUCACUUUCUCAAGGGUUUAAUCUUAAUAGUUUAUUCGAGGAGAACGGUCAAGCUAAGAAACCUGAGGCCCGUUUCACGACCAAACAAACAGCAUCAGAAAUUGUUUCGAAACUGGAAGAAGUGGCUUCAACGGAGCACUUUCAGAUCAUGCAAACGCCGAAUGGGACAUUAAGGAUGAAAGGGCAGAAAGAAGGGAGAAAGGGUCAGUUAGCCAUAAAUGCAGAGAUAUUUGAGGUAGCUCCGUCUUUUCACAUGGUGGAGAUGAAAAAGUUAGCUGGGGACACCAUAGAAUAUGAAAAUUUCUGUGAUCAAGAGCUGAAACCUUCUUUAAAAGACAUAGUUUGGACAUGGCAUGGUGAUCAACAAACAACAGAAACAAGUACCAAGCAUCAUCCAUGAUGAACAUUAAUUUUGUUUUAACUUUUACACAAUAAGCACAUCUGCAUGAGGUUUUACGUUUAUGCAAAUGUAGAUUUGUUAUUCAAAAAGUUUCAAUACUGAUGUAAAUCCAUGGGACGUCAUUCGUUUAGAUGAUGAGUUAAUGCAAUCAUAUAUUUUUUUUUC